AUGCUGUCAAAAUAUGAGUAUGACAUCCGGGAGCUUCCACCAGACGACCGCAUUCGGUUCAGUUUGAAGUACAGGAAAGCUCUCUAUCUCAUAAGCAAGGCGGCCAUCGGGGCCUUUCACCUCUACUUCCUCGUGCGCUUGCUCCUGGUCAUCACUGCACCCCAGCAGACCUGGCAAAUAUGGCUUAUGCUUCUUGUCGAGUAUAUCUUCGCUCGUAUGCCCCGGUAUGACCAGCUCCUCACGGUAGCAGCAGGCCGGUCGUUGCAAAGCCGUCCCCGGGACCGACUGCGACUCCAUGGCAGUGACUAUCUGCCUCGGGUCGACGUCCUGGUUCCCUGCUGUGGAGAGCCGACGGAUGUGGUGUUGGACACUGUCCGCGCGGCUUGCACCAUGGACUAUCCAGUCACUCAAUUUCGAGUGCUUCUGCUGGAUGAUGGGGCAUCCCCUGCGCUGCGGGACGCCGUCGCAGAACUACGCUCGCAAUGGCCUCACCUGUCCUACCACACGCGCGGACAGCACUCUGGCCGCGUGUUUGCCAAAGCCGGAAACCUCAACUUUGCGCUCUUCUCGUUGCAGGAUGAGGUUCAGCCGGAGUUUUGUGCCGUUUUGGAUGCCGACUGCAUGCCCACGUCUGAUUUUCUGCGAGCCACGCUGCCUCAUCUGCUGAAAGAUCCGCAGGCCGCUUUGCUCACGACCAGGCAAUACUACUAUAAUCUGCCCGACGGUGACCCGCUGCAACAGUCUCGUGUGCACUUCUACACAUGCCACAAUUCCGAGCUCGACCGCAUGGGAGCUGCCAUCGAUGCCGGAUCUGGUGCCGUCUUUCGGCGCAAGGCCAUCGCCGAUGUGGGCGGCUAUCCCACCUUUUCCUUCUCGGAAGAUUGGCAGCUAUCCCUGAUGCUGCAGGGCCUCGGGUAUCGGACGCUUCAGGUGCUGGAACCUUUGCAGUUGGGAUUGGUGCCAUCGUCGCUGGAUGGGCAUAUCGCCCAGAGGAACCGAUGGCAGAUUGGUCACUCCCAGCAGCCGUCCGUGUUAUUCUCCUCGGCAAAUCAAGCCAUUCCUCGGCAUCUGCAAUGGAGCAUUUUCCUUAACGGAGUGUCCAUCGUCUUGGGCCUGGUUGGAUACAUGGUAGGGUUUGCGGCAGUUCCCGUCCUCUGCGCUUCGGGACGUCUGAUUCCUGCCGCAUCGCCCUUCUUGGUUCGGAUCCAAGUCAUUUUGGCGGUUUUGCAGAUUGCCUUGACGUGGAUACAUGGGUUGAUACAAUCCGCCCACACGGGCUUUCGGAUCGGGCCAUUCGCCCACCUGGAGAACAGUUGGCUUGCAAGUACCCAUAUUUUCGCGAUAAUUCGAUUCCACUGCUUCUCGAGCAAACCAAAGGGUUCUUUUGUCACGGGGAGUAGUGCGAAUUCGUGGAAUCGCUUCACGGAACUGCCCAUAUACAAGAAGCUCCGCAAAGAUCUGUUGGAUAACGGACUGCUAUACAGCCUCUUCCUGUUUCUUGCUACUCUAGGCACAUUUCUGCUGUCAUUCUAUGCGCCCGCGAGCAGCGAUUAUGCCGCUGGCGCUACAAAUUCUCCCAAACCAUUGAUCAUGGAAUUGCUUACUACUGUGGCGUGGCCCCCUCUGCUGCAUAUCGUCUAUCUCACUGCCAGCAAUCUGUGGGUUCCAGUCGGAUAUCUGCUGCGUCGUCCGGAGUACGCCGAACGGAGAUCUAGGAUGGCCAUGAACGACCAUGGUAUCUCCUUCCCCCAGGAGGAUGUCCAGAUGAAGCUCCUUCACCAGAGCUGUCCUCCACUGGGCUCCUACAACCAUUAUGUCCUAGUGCCUUUUGUGUUGACUGCCAUUUUUGUCGCGGCGUCUGUGUUGUGA